AUGUUGGCAGUUGUGGUUGUUUUGUUUCUAGCGCUCGGUGUGAGUGACGGUGUGAUUUUGAGUAAAUGUGAGCUGAAGCAGCAGCUUGAAGAAGGCCUUACUCUUCAAAUCCCCAAUUCUGCAGACGUUCUGGCACAGAUUGUGUGUCACGUCCAGCUGACCUCUGGCUUCAAUACCAGCGCUAUUAAGACGAUCCCUGAGCCACAAGAGCCUCGUAGCGGUCCCGGUCCUCGUCGUGGUAGGUCUCCCGGAGGAAAAAAUAAAGGCGGCUCUUCCAGUAAUGAAAGUGAUGAGGACAAAGAUGAGGUCUGGACCCUGUACGGCUUGUUCCAGCUCAGUGACCAUGUGGUGUGCAACUCUACUCAGAGUCGUGCACUCAACCUCUGCAGACUGUCCUGCGACAAGCUGAUUGAUGAUAACACCAGCGAUGACAUAGCCUGUGUCCAGACCCUUAUAAAUGCACUAACGUAUCCGAUUCCUGACCCCGAAACUGCUAGACACAUCCAUAAAAUGAUCUCGCUGAUCCACCAGCCGGAGUGUAUGACCAUGAAGGCCACAUCGUACUUUGCCAUCUGUCAAACACCCUAAAGUCCUGACCUCUAUUAGCACCCUGCUUUUCUUU